GUCCUGUAUCCUCAGCGAGGUGUCCACACGCUCCAGGUCUAAACUGCCUUCGGGGAAAAACGUCCUGCUGCUAGACCACUUCAGCUGUACUGUGUGCAUGCCCCCAGACCUCAUGAGCUGCCUGCCUGCUGGCUUGCUCUUUCCCAUCAAAGUAUCCUUUAGCCUGCAGGAGGAUACUCUCUGGGCUGGGAAUCCAGAAAAUCAUAAAUGUUAUGCUGCAAUCUAGUUUCAUGAUCACAUACAUUGUUUUCUGGGAUUACUGAUUCAUUCAGUACACAAGAUAAUGAAUAUGCUCCCUCAGUCGCUGAAUACUAUCUCCAUUAUUUGCUAGUACACCUCUACCUCGAUAUAACGCUGUCCUUGGGAGGCAAAAAAUCUUACCGUGUUAUAGGUGAAUCCGUGUUAUAUUGAACAUGCUUUGAUCCACCACAGUGCGCAACCCUCUCUCCCCCCGGAGCACUGCUUUACCAAGCUAUAUCCAGUUUUGUGUUAUAUCGGGUGUCAUAUCGAGGUAGCGGUGUACUGCAUCAGAUGUACAUUCCAGAAUUAAGUUCUUGCCCCCAGGACAGACUUCAGGAAGUUUGUCCUACAAUGAUAGUCAAAUAGUUUUAGCAAGUCCCAACUGAACCCUGUCAUGCUAUACUAAAUACACCAAUUUAGUAAAUUCAGCUCACAAUUGUUACCACAGAGGCAACUCUGUAGUACAGUGGUUUUCAACUUCUUCCAUACUACAGCCACCUCCCAUUUCCCAGUAUGGGAGGUGUGGGUUGAUUGCAACCUUGAGGUGGAGAACUCAUUCCAAGUAACUCUCCUUUGUGGGGAGAUUGAACAAGUACCAGGUCCAGUGCUGUAACAAGGGCGAGGCGAGUGAGGCACUUGCCUCGGGCUCCUAAAGCUGAGGGAUGCAGAAAGGCCCCAGAGUGUUCCUGCCAGAAUGAAAGCUGCUGCUGCCUUGGCAACAAGAUGCCAGCAGGCAGCUGCCGGCUGAGGCAGCUUCUGCACAUCAGGAGGGGGAGAGGAGGGGCACACGUGCUUCUCAGCCCUCCCCUCCCCCAGCACCCACCUGGAGGAGAUGCUGAGUGGGCUUCCAGUGAGAGUCAGGAUCAUCUGCAUCCAGUGGAUCUCACUCACCUGAGCAGCUUCUGGGGCUUUGGGGAAGAUGGUGCAGGAAAAACUAGCUUAAUAGGCAAACUUCAAGGAAUAGAAGAGUACAAGAAAGGAAGAGGCAUGGAAUACUUGUACUUAAAUGUGCAUGAUGAAGAUAGAGAUGAUCAAACUAGAUGUAAUGUGUGGAUUUUGGAUGGUGAUCUGUAUCAUAAAGGUCUCCUUAAAUUUGCAAUGGAAGCUAACUCUCUAAAGGACACUCUGGUUAUGCUGGUCAUAGACAUGUCUAGGCCUUGGACUGCAUUGGAUUCCUUACAAAAGUGGGCAAGUGUUGUAAGAGAGCAUAUUGACAAAUUAAAAAUUCCUCCUGAAGAAAUGAAAGAAAUGGAACAAAAGUUGGUAAGAGAUUUCCAGGAAUAUAUAGAACCAGGAGAGGAUUUUCCAGCUUCUCCACAGAGAAGAAAUACAUCAAUACAGGAAGACAAAGAUGACAGUGUGAUUUUGCCGUUGGGUGCAGAUACGCUAACAUGUAACUUAGGCAUUCCAGUAGUAGUAGUUUGCACAAAGUGUGAUGCCAUUAGUGUCCUGGAAAAAGAACAUGACUACAGAGAUGAACACUUUGACUUCAUUCAGUCACAUAUCCGACGGUUUUGUUUACAGUAUGGUGCAGCGCUUAUUUACACUUCAGUAAAGGAAAACAAAAAUAUCGAUUUAGUGUAUAGAUAUAUUGUCCAGAAAUUAUAUGGAUUUCCUUUCAAUGUGUCUGCUGCUGUUGUGGAAAAAGAUGCAGUAUUUAUUCCUGCAGGAUGGGAUAAUGACAAGAAGAUAGGAAUAUUACAUGAAAACUUUCAGACACUAAAAGCAGAUGACAGUUUUGAAGAUAUCAUAACAAAACCACCUGUCAGAAAGUUUGUGCAUGAAAAAGAAAUAAUAGCAGAAGAUGAUCAAGUGUUUCUUAUGAAGCAGCAGUCUCUAUUAGCGAAACAGCCACCUACUGCAGCUGGAAGGCCAGUGGAUGCUUCGCCAAGAGUUCCCGGAGGCUCCCCUAGGACACCAAACAGAUCAGUAACAUCCAACGUGGCCAGUGUCACACCUAUCCCUACUGGCUCAAAAAAAAUUGAUCCUAAUAUGAAAGCUGGAGCCACAAGCGAAGGCGUCCUAGCUAACUUCUUCAACAGUUUGCUGAGUAAAAAAACCGGUUCCCCAGGCGGUCCUGGCGUUGGCGGUGGCAGCCCUGGAGGAGGGGGCAGUGGAGGUGGUGGCAGCAAUUUACCACCAUCAGCAAAAAAGUCAGGCCAGAAGCCAGUAUUGACUGAUGUUCAGGCAGAAUUGGAUAGAAUUUCACGAAAACCUGAAAUGGUCUCUCCCACAACACCUACAUCCCCCACAGAAGGUGAAGCUUCUUGAAGACACCAAAUAAAGCAAUUUAUUCAGUUUUCUGGGAUAAUUUAAACUUGCCUCUGCCUCUUCCUUCAGUGACUGGAACUAGACAGCUGAAACACUUUUUUGGAGAAGGACAAACAGUUGAUGUCUUGAUUUCAUGUGUUGCCCAGCUUUACAAAAGGGAGCUAAUACAGAUGGAAAACUAUACCACACCAUAUAGGACUACUGUUCACGGUGCAACUUAAAAAUUAACUAAUUCCUGGAUUUUGUUGAAAAGUUGGUGUAAUUGUGUAAAAUGGCACAUAUGUCCACUUAAUCAUAUAAUGUUAAAGGCUGCUUAAAGAGUUGGAAAAUGAUAUGUAGCAUGGGCACUUAAUGUAUAUUGAUCUCCCAACCUAUUAUAGUUGAAUUUAAUACAGGUUAACCUUUGAGGGAUAGAACUACUAGUUUUGCUGGAAGAGAGGAUAAUCAUUUUUUAUAAUUUUGUGCCCCAACAAUAAACUAACCUGAUUAAAAUUCAACACUUCAUGUAGAAUAUGACAGCAAACCUGUCUGAUCUCCACUUGAGAUUUUAUACUGCAUCAAAAACUUGGGCAAACUUUCAUUCCAGCAUAUAAGACUUUAAAAUAUUGGCCAAUUUGAUAACUUCAGACACUGAAUAAACUAUUUGUGUAAAGAAAAAAGCAGAGGUUAACUUAAUAAAAAAUGUACAGAUUAUCAGUAUCCAGAUUUUUUCUGUAUAUAUGGCUCAGCCUUAACCAUCCCCCUUUUUGUUUCCCAAAUUAGUUAUGGUUUUAAAUCAGACAUUAAAACUGUGAUCAGUUAAUAAAGUAUUAUCUGCAUUCAGAUAUAAAUACAUUCAUUGCAUUCUCUUGUAUUAAAAUGUAUAUUAGCUAAUCAAAAUAUUUAGUGUUUCACUCUUGAAGAUUAGGUACUUUAAAUGUUCCUCCCUCUUAUCUUUCACCCUUCUGUGAAUAAUAGUAUGGCCCAGGUUUAAGCUUCCCUAAAACGUGGUAGUUCUGGAAGAAACAGAUGUGGGUCUGCUACUCAUACAAUACAGCAUUGUACUAAUGUUCCUACGUGCAAAACUUUGAUCAUCAGAUUUCGGGAAUUUAGUCUUUUUAGUUUAAAAGCCCACUAGAUAUACCAAGCAUCCUACUGAUGAUUUUUUAGUGCACUUUGUGGAAUCAUGUCAAAAGUUAGCAUUUUAUUGGUUAUUUCAGCUUUCGGUACACAGUAUUUGAGAAACACUUAAGAUCAUAAACAUAAUGUGAGAAGUCUCCCACCGAAGCUCAUGGUAUACUGAAAUUAGAACAACUUUCAAAGCUUAUCCUGAGUAUUUUUAUGAACACUUCUUAAAUAGGUGUACAAGUUUUUGACUACAACAGUGGGUAUAAUAUACACAAGUUCCCUAAUUUACUAACUGGAAAUCUGCUAAGUGUUAGGAGAAAACAUUAAUAUCCAUAAUUUUUAUUCUGGGUAUGGUAUUAUAUUUGAUAUUGCUGUUUAAAUUCCUACUUUUGAUACAGAUUUUUUUCUGAUUCCCUGAAAAAUUAAUGUUCUUGAGACUAACAUACUCGAAUAUUUUGCUUUUGUUAGCUUUGAUUUUAUUGCUUGCUCUUCAGGGAACUUUUUUAAAAUAUUGGCUGCUUAUCAAUGCUAAAAAUCUGAGACUAGCUGUCUUAUCUAAACAAAUCUAUUGAAUUAUUUUAAACAUGGGCUCUCAUUAGAUUUAUUCCUGAUCAGAUUAUUCAAAAGUACAACAAUGUUAAAAUGUUGCCCUUGCAACCAAUAAUAAUGGUCCAAUUCUCCUGACCAAAUAUGUGAACUGCUGAGGAAUAACUGUAUAGAAUAUAUACAUGAAGAAGGAAAUGGUUUCUAAUCACAGAUGCAUUGCAUGCAUCACUGUUCCUUGAACAAUUCACUACUGUGCUUACACAUGUACAGUAAUUUAACAUAGUAAUUUAAAAUGUGCAUGACAGCUCUUAUCCUGCUGAUGAGCUCACUAGUGUUUCCUAUCUAAAUUCUAGUGGCACACCAUACUAACAUUAAAAGGCAGAAAUUUAAGAUUUUAGCAUGUUUAAAUUGCAAAACUAUUUUUGUUCUGUUUUAGUUUUUGCAAAGAAGAUACUUUCAGUUUCUAAACUCUUCAGUUCUGUUCAUUUGAGCAUAUCUGAUAUCCAAGUAAAGGCCCUUUGUGAAGUUGGACAAAUGUCUCAAAAGAGUUCAAUAAACAUCUAUUACACGGUUUA